UCGUUUCUCUCAACCCGCAGCGAUGUCGUCCUGGUUUGGGGGCCUCGGCUCCGGCUUGGGCCAGUCUCUGGGUCAGGUCGGGGGCAGCCUGGCUUCCCUUACUGGACAUAUUUCAGACUUUACCAAGGAUAUGCUGAUGGAGACGGAGGAAAUGGAAGAUUUUCCUAAUUCUGGGAAAAAGGAAUUGGAAUCCAUUCAUGCAAUCUUAAGAUCAGAGAAUGAAAGGCUUAAAAAACUUUGCAGUGAUCUAGAAGAAAAGCAUGAAGCAUCAGAGCUUCAAAUAAAGCAGCAAUCUACAAGUUACCGAAGUCAACUACAACAGAAGGAGGUAGAAAUCAGCCAUCUUAAAGCAAGACAGAUUGCGCUUCAGGAUCAGUUGCUGAAAAUGCAGUCAGCUGCUCAGUCAGUACAUUCAGGAGCUGCCAGUAUGCCAGCAACCACUGUGUCAUCUUCAUUUGGUUAUGGGCUCAGUCAUCAUGCUUCAGGAUUCCAUGAAGAUGACAUGGAUUUUGGUGACAUAAUUUCGUCACAACAAGAAAUAAACAGACUGUCAAAUGAAGUUUCAAGACUUGAAUCUGAAGUUGGCCAUUGGAGGCAUAUUGCUCAGGCACAAGGAACACAUAGCUCUGAUCAAAGUGAAAUCUGCAGACUGCAAAAUAUUAUUAAAGAACUUAAACAGAACCGAAGUCAGGAAAUUGAUGAUCAUCAGCAUGGAAUGUCAGUAUUACAGAAUGCACAUCAACAGAAAUUGACAGAGAUAAGUCGUCGGCAUCGAGAGGAAUUACGUGACUAUAAAGAACGAAUUGAAGAACUCGAAAAUCUAUUGCAACAAGGUGACUCAGGAGUUACAGUAACUGAUCACUCUAAAAUUGAUGAGAUGCAAAAAACUAUUCAGGUUCUUCAGACUGAAAAAGUAGAAUCUACAAAAAAACUUGAAGAACUGGAGAAUAAAAUAGAAAACAUAAAUAAAAAAUUAAUUUCUGCAGAAAAUGACAGAGAUAUCUUGAAGAGAGAACAAGAACAGUUAAAUGUGGAAAAGAGACAAAUAAUUGAACAAUGUGAAAGCUUGAAACUGGAAUGUAGUAAAUUACAGCCUUCUGCUGUGAGGCAGAGUGAUACUGUGACAGAAAAGGAGAGAAUGCUUCUACAGAAUUCUUCACAGGAAGAAGUGUACAGACUACAACAAGCACUGUCUGAUGCUGAAAAUGAAAUAAUGAGACUAAGUAGUUUAAACCAGGAUAACAGUCUUGUUGAAGACAAUCUGAAACUUCAAAUGCAUGUUCAACUUUUAGAAAAAGAGAAGUCAAUAUUGAGUCAAGAAAAGGAAGAACUUCAGCUAUUAUUCUCAAAAUUGAGCAAUGAAUAUGAAGUAAGUCAAAGUACAGCUGCAAGAGACAUGACUUUGGAUUUGGAAUUACGUGACUUAAGACUUAACUUGGAGGCAAAGGAACAAGAACUGAAUCAGUGUAUUAAUGAAAAGGAAGUACUGAGAGCUGAGUUGGAAGAACUGGACACACAAAACCAAGAAGCUACAAAGCACGUGAUUUCAUUAAAAGACCAGCUAUCAAAACAGCAAAAUGAAGGGAAUAGCGUUAUCAGGAAACUGAAGCAAGAUCUGGAUGAUGAAAAAAAGAGAGUUCAUCAACUUGAGGAUGAUAAAAUGAACAUUACCAAAGAGUUAGAUGUGCAGAAAGAAAAGUUAACUCACAGUGAACUGGCUCUAAAUGAUUUGCAUUUAACCAAGCAAAAGCUUGAAGAUAAAGUCGAAGAUUUAGAAAAUCAGCUAAGUAAAUCACAGAAGAAUAACUUAAACAUCCAGAUGGAGAACCUUGAAAUUAAGGAACACAUUAGACAAAAUGAAGAGGAGCUAUUCAGAAUCAGGAAUGAGUUAACUCAGUCUCUUAAUCAACACUCUAACAGUAAUUUUAAAGAUGACUUAUUUAAAGAAAAGGAAGCUGAAGUUAGAAACUUAAAGCAAAAUCUUUCAGAAAUAGAACAGCUCAAUGAAAAUUUAAAGAAAGUUGCUUUUGAUCUCAGAAUAGAAAAUGAGAAGUUGGUUUUAGCAUGUGAGGAUAUAAGACAACAACUGGAAGAAUCUGUUGCUGAUAACAAACAGAUUUCUGUGGAAAAAAACACUAUUGCAGAGACUCUGACAAGGGAAAAAGAACAAAUAGAAGCAGAAUUGUGUCUGGCUGAAAAGAGGCUUUUGGAGGAAACAAACAAGUAUAAACAAACCAUUGAAGAACUGUCAAAUUCACGUAAUCGGAAUACUUCUGCCUUACAGCUGGAACAUGAACAUUUAAUUAAACUCAUUCAGGAGAAAGACUUUGAAAUAGCAGGACUCAAAAAGAAUAUUGAGCAAAUGGAUACCGAUCAUAAAAAGACCAAGGGUAUUUUGUCAUCUACUUUAGAAGAGCAGAAGCAAUUUACACAGCUUAUAAAUGAGAAAGAAUUCUUUAUUGAAAAAAUUAAAGAAAAAAGUUCAAAACUGCAGGAAGAAUUAGAUAAAUGUUCUCAGGCCUUAAGAAAAAAUGAAACUUUAAGGCAGACUAUAGAGGAAAAGGACAGAAGUCUUGGAUCCAUGAAAGAAGAAAACAAUCAUCUACAAGAAGAACUGGAACGACUCCGGGAACAGCAGAGUCGAACUGGGCCCAUCACUGAGCCUAAAACCCUCGAUAGUACCACAGAAUUAGAAUCCGAGGUAUCUCAACUGAAUAUAAUCAAGGAUCAUCUGGAAGAGGAAAUUAAACAUCAUCAAAAGAUAAUUGAAGAUCAAAACCAGAGUCAUAUGCAACUGCUUCAGUCUUUACAAGAGCAGAAGAAGGAAAUGGACGAGUUUAAAUACCAGCACGAACAAAUGAAUAUCACACAUACCCAGCUCUUUUUAGAGAAAGAUGAGGAAAUUAAGAAUUUACAAAAAACAAUCGAACAAAUAAAAACCCAGUUGAAUGAAGAAAGACAGGACAUUCAAACAGAAAAUUCUGAUAUUUUUCAAAAAACAAAAGUUCAAAGCCUUAAUAUAGAAAAUGGAAGUGAAAAACAUGAUUUAUCUAAAGCUGAAACUGAAAGAUUAGUGAAAGGACUAAGAGAACGAGAGUUGGAGAUUAAACUUCUAAAUGAAAAGAAUAUAUCUUUAACUAAACAAAUUGAUAAGCUAUCCAAAGAUGAGGUUGGUAAACUCACUCAGAUUAUCCAGCAGAAAGACUUGGAGAUACAAGCUCUUCACGCAAGAAUUUCUUCUGCUUCCUACACCCAGGAUGGUGCUCACCUUCAACAGCAACUGCAGGCCUAUGCUAUGGAAAGAGAACAAGUAUUUGCUGUUUUGGAUGAGAAGACAAGGGAAAAUAGCCAUUUGAAAACAGAAUAUCACAAAAUGAUGGAUAUAGUUGCUGCCAAAGAAGCAGCACUCAUUAAGGUGCAAGAUGAGAAUAGAAGAUUGUCCACUAGAUUUGAAAGUAGUGGGCAAGAUAUGUUUAGAGAAACUGUUCAGAAUUUAUCACGUAUCAUUCGAGAAAAAGACAUCGAAAUAGAUGCACUAAGUCAGAAAAGUCAAACUUUGUUGGCAGUUUUACAGACUUCCAACCCAGGUAAUGAGGUUGGAGGUGUUAAUAGUAAUCAGUUUGAGGAGCUCUUACAGGAGCGUGAUAAAUUAAAACAACAAGUAAAGAAAAUGGAAGAAUGGAAACAACAGGUGAUGACCACCGUCCAAAACAUGCAACAUGAGUCUGCCCAGCUUCAGGAGGAACUUCAUCAACUUCAGGCCCAAGUUUUGGUAGACAGUGAUAAUAAUUCUAAAUUACAAAUAGACUACACUGGCCUCAUCCAAAGUUAUGAGCAGAAUGAAACCAAACUCAAAAAUUUUGGACAAGAAUUAGCACAAGUUCAACACAGCAUAGGACAGCUUUGUAGUGCCAAGGAUCUUCUUUUAGGAAAACUUGAUAUCAUGUCACCCCAGCUCUCUUCUGGAUCAUCAUUUACCCCCGAGGCAGCAAGUGAGUCUGCUGGAUUGAGUGAGUCUCCUAGUUUUCUUCAAGAAGAGGUAGAAGAGUUAAGAAAAUUGCUGCAGGAAAAGGAUGCAACAAUUAGAACUCUCCAGGAAAAUAAUCACAGGUUGUCUAAUUCGAUUGCUGCCUCCUCAGAGCUGGAAAGAAGAGAACAUGAACAAAGUGAUUCAGAAAUUAAGCAGCUGAAAGAGAAACAAGAUGUGUUACAAAACUUACUUAAGGAAAAGGACCUUUUAAUCAAAGCCAAAAGUGAUCAGUUACUUUCUUCAAAUGAAAAUUUCACUAACAAAGUGAAUGAAAAUGAGCUUUUGAAGCAGGCAGUAACAAACCUGAAGGAAAGAACGUUAAUAUUAGAAACAGACAUUUCUAAACUAAAAGUGGAAAAUGAAAAAAUAGUAGAAACAUCUAGGGGAAAGGAAACAGAAUAUCAAGCAUUACAAGAGACUAACAUGAAGUUUUCUAUAAUGCUUCGCGAAAAAGAGUUUGAGUACCAUUCAAUGAAGGAGAAAGCUCUUGCUUUUGAGCAGCUAUUGAAAGAAAAAGAACAGGGUGAGGCUGGGGAGUUAAAUCAGCUUUUAAAUACAGUUAAGUCAAUGCAGGAGAAGACAAUUACAUUUCAACAGGAGAGAGAUCAAGUCAUGUUGGCCCUGAAACAGAAACAAAUGGAAAACAGUGCCCUACAGAAUGAGGUUCAACACUUACAUGACAAAGAAUCACGGUUAAACCAGGAGCUCAAUAGAUUGCGCAGUCAUCUUUUAGAAUCGGAAGAGUCUCACACUCUGGAAUUGUUGGCCGUGGAAGAUAGAGAGACUAAACUGAGAAAGAAAGUCACGUUAUUGGAGGAAAAGUUAGUCUCAUCUUCUAAUGCAAUGGAAAAUGCAAGUCAUCAAGCCAGUGUGCAGGUAGAGUCAUUGCAAGAACAAUUGAACAUCAUCUCCAAGCAAAGGGAUGAAAUUGCAGCGCAGCUUACUGUCUCUCAGGACCAAGUAAAGCAAUAUGCUCUGUCAUUAACCAACCUGCAGAUGGUUCUAGAGCACUUCCAGCAAGAGGAAAAAGCUAUGUAUUCUGCUGAAUUAGAAAAACAAAAACAGGUUAUAGCCGAGUGGAAGAAAAAGGCAGAAAAUCUGGAAGGAAAAGUAUUAUCAUUGCAG